AUGAAACGUGCUCCGGGCAGCACCACAGCAAAGAAACCGCGCGUGACUAAAAAGCCUCGUACUACGGAGGUCACUGAGGAAGAACCGCCAAAAAUAACGGAGAUUAUUGACGCGGAAAAUGUUUCCGAUGGCGAAGUGCCUGUAAAAUCUAGAGCUAAAAAAGCCACAUCAAAAGCUACUAAAGCGUCAACUACCACCAAAAGAGCAGUUGCAAAACCUCGAAAAACUACUACUAAGAAAACUGCUGCAGCUACCACUGGAAGAGGAAGGAAAAAGCAGGUGGAAGAACAAAUUACAAAUGAAAAUGAAUUCGUUGAAGACAUUGAAGACACGGAAAUGGAAGAGGCAUCUGCACAUAAGGAAGUUCAAUCCGAGGGAGAAGAGCAUGCGUUUCAUCAGAAUAAGGCUAUUGAAGAUAUUUAUCAGAAAAAGACACAAUUGGAACAUAUCUUGUUGCGUCCUGACUCUUAUAUAGGUUCUGUGGAGGCUACUACUCAAUCUUUGUGGAUCUUUGACUCUGAAACGAGUAAGCUCGAGUAUAAAGAUGUCACGUAUGUGCCUGGCUUCUAUAAAAUCAUCGAUGAGCUCCUUGUUAAUGCUGCCGAUAAUAAGGCUCGAGACCCAAAGAUGAAUACUAUAAAGAUGGAUGUAGAUCGAGAAAAUAAUACGAUAUCCAUUUACAACAAUGGUUGUGGGAUUCCGAUCGAAAUUCACAAAGGUGAAAAGAUGUACGUCCCAGAACUAAUUUUUGGUCAUUUGCUGACAUCCUCCAAUUACGAUGAUAAUGAGCAAAAAACAACUGGUGGAAGAAACGGAUUUGGCGCCAAACUCGCAAACAUUUACAGUACCGAAUUCAUCGUCGAGACCGGCGACAAAAACACCAAAAAGAAAUAUCGACAAGUGUUUCGCAAGAACAUGAGCGUGAUAGAACCACCUGAAAUCACUAGUCUGAAAUGCGAGGAAUUCACGCGAAUCACAUUUAAGCCCGAUCUCGAAAAAUUCAAACUGACAGAGAUCGAUGACGAUUUUGAGGCUUUGUUGAAGAAGCGCGCGUAUGAUAUGGCUGGAAUUCUGCCCAAAGUCAAAGUCGUUUUUAAUAAUGAGACGAUAAGCAUCAAAAAUUUCAAGGAAUAUAUCCAACUGUAUCUUGACGCGCACACCGACGAAGGUGAAGAAGUCAAGCUCAUCUACGAAGCACCGAAUGAGCGAUGGGAAAUUGGUUUCGCGCCAAGUGAUGGUCAAUUUAAACAAGUCAGCUUUGUUAACAGUAUUUGCACUUCAAAAGGCGGCUCGCAUGUGGAGUACCUUGUUAAUCAAAUAGUCACCAAAUUAUCUGAAUUCAUCAAAAAGAAAACUAAAAAAAAAGAAGCUAUCAAAAAGCAAUUUAUAAAAUCGAAUCUUUGGGUUUUUGUCAAUUGUAAAAUUGUCAAUCCUUCCUUUGAUUCACAAACAAAAGAAACUCUGACCACGGGUCAACAUCAUUUCGGUUCAACUUGCGAAAUCAGUGAUACUUUCAUGAAAAAAAUUAUUAAUUCCAAGGUAAUCGACAAUAUCACUUCACUUUUAUCACGUAAAGACGAAGAGGCGCUUAAGAAAACCGACGGACGUAAAAAAUCAAAGCUUAACAUACCAAAGCUUGACGAUGCCAAUGAUGCCGGAACAGCCAACGGAAAAUUCUGUACUCUUAUUUUGACCGAAGGUGAUUCCGCAAAGACAAUCGUCACCCAGGGUAUUUCAGUAAUCGGAAGUGAUCGAUAUGGCGUGUUCCCUCUUCGUGGAAAAUUGUUAAAUGUUCGUGAAGCUCCUUCGACCUCUGUCAUAAGAAAUGUAGAGAUUACCAACAUUAAACAGAUUCUUGGCCUUCAAAGCGGCACAAAAUAUGACUCGGUAGAUAAAUUACGAUAUGGUUCAUUGAUGAUUAUGACUGAUCAGGGGUUGGGAACAAACACGAAACAAGAUGCACAAACCUACUUUGGGGAUUUGGAGCGUCAUCGAAAGCCGUUUGAACCUAUUCAAGAUCGAGAAAGAAAUUUGAUGGAUAUGGCUUUCAACAAGAAAAAAGCGGAUGCACGUAAAGAAUGGCUGAGUCAAUUUAGGCCUGGAACUUACAUCGAUCAUAGCAACGACACGAUUUCGAUCGAGAAUUUCGUGAAUCAAGAAUUAAUUCUCUAUAGUAUGGCUGAUAAUAUUCGGUCGAUUCCCUCCGUUGUUGAUGGUUUAAAGCCUGGUCAGCGCAAAGUUUUGUACGGUUGUUUUAAGAGAAAUCUCAAAGGCGAAAUUAAGGUCGCACAAUUAGCCGGUUACGUAGCUGAACAUUCCGCAUAUCAUCACGGCGAGAUAAGUCUUGUCUCAACGAUAGUUAAUUUGGCCCAGGAUUUUGUCGGAUCUAAUAACCUCAAUUUAUUAUUACCAAAGGGUGCUUUUGGCUCGAGACUUAUGGGCGGUAAAGAUGCAGCGCAGGCUCGUUAUAUUUUCACACAACCUUCGAAAUUACUUAAGAUUCUGUUCCAUCCUACCGAUAAUAAUCUCGUAAAAUAUUUGAACGAUGAUGGACAAAACAUUGAACCCGAAUGGUAUAUUCCUAUUUUGCCAAUGGUUCUUGUUAAUGGUUGCAGUGGUAUCGGAACAGGAUGGAGUUCCGACAUCCCCAAUCAUAAUCCUCGAGAUAUAGUUGAUAAUAUUAGAAGAUUAAUGAAUAAAGAAGAGAUGGUUCCAAUGCACCCGUGGUAUCGUGGAUUCAAGGGUGAAAUCGUGAAAGAAAACGAAACAAGAUACAAAGUUCAUGGUAUCAUCAACAAAAUCGACGACACAACGGUCGAGAUACUGGAAUUACCGAUUGGUGUUUGGACUACAAGUUUUAAAGAGAGUUUGAGUAAGAUGUGUGAUGAUGGGCUCAUCAGAGAUUACAAAAGCUACCAUAGUAGUGAGACUGUGCGCAUCAUCGUGACUUUUCUACCUGAGAAUAUGCAAAAAGCCGAGGCAGAAGGUCUCGAGAAUACAUUCAAGCUCAUUAAAUCAAUAACUACCUCGAACAUGGAAUACUUGAUCAGAGAUCUUGAAGAACAAUGUGCUCGACUGGAGAACAAGUAUCGUUUCGUCAAUAUGAUAAUCAACGAACAGCUUGAAAUCAAAAAUAAAAAGCACGCAGUGGUGGUCGCAUUACUAGAAGAGCACAAAUUUAAGCGAUUCGACACCACUCAAAAAAACGAUGAAGAAAACGAAGAAGAGAAUAAUAACGGUCACGGCUACGAUUACCUGUUAACUAUGCCUAUUCGAAGUAUCACAUAUGAGAGGGCAAGUAGUUGUCGUUCUCGUUCUUUGAAUUUUAUUUGUUAUUUGGGAAAUUUUUAUGGGCUUUCUGCUAAAGAUUUGUGGAAUAACGAUUUGGAGGCAUUCUUGAUCGAGUGGGAUAAAUUUGUCGAGGAAAAAGAAGCAGAAGUCAAAUCCGAGCCUUUAAUAUCCAACUCGAACUCGAAAGCUAAAAACCGAAAAACAAAGGCUUCAUCCUCUAAAACUACUACCACUACAAAACCCGCAACGAAUCAAAAAGGGAAAGAAAAGGCUGUGGAACUGCUGCCAGAACCAGCCCCUAAAGCAUCACGCAAAGGAAAGGAGCAAACCAUGGAUCCUCCAAAAAAUAAAACACGUACUACGAAAAAGAAUCUAAAAGAAGAAUCUGAUGAUGACGACUUUACAUUAAAAAAACCCGCACGGAAAAAUAGUUCACGUCGAACAAUUGUCAUCUCCGAUGAAGAAGACGAGGAGGCCAACGAAGAAACAACCGACAAUGGAAAUAAAGACACGGAUCAUGUCUCGUCAGCUCGAAAGAAUCUUCGUCAACGUACUCAACCUAAAAAUUCAUCUGAAGAUAAAGAUGAUACUGCUGAAGCAA